AUGGAGUACUGCUACCAGUACAACAGCGUGAGCAACGUGGAGAAGGAGAAGAGGCCGCCGCUGAGGAGGGGCAGCGUCAAGCUCCAGAUCGUCAAGACCCUCAGCAACCUCGUGGCGCCGAGCAACAACAAACGACUCCAAGCAAGUGGGUCGCAACAGCUUCACAAGGGAACGAAGCUACAACUGAAAUAA